AUGGACGCAACAACACAAGCCCAGCCUCUGGCCGACCGCUCCACCAACACCCACUUGGGCACCGACAAGACCGACCUCAAGGGCUCAGACAUCUCAUCGAUGGAGUACCACCGUCAAGUCCUGCAGGACAAAGUUGCAGGCGAGGAACAACCAACCUCCUACGUCUCCCCCUCAGAUGAUAUCAUGAGUCCCUGCACAAAGAAACUGAGCGACAUCAAGGGCAAGCGUUUCAAGAAUGCCGGCAAACCCCAGUCCCUCUUUGCUAAACUCGGCAAGAAGAGCUACGAGCAAUCAUCGGCCGAACAGGGUCGUGAGUAA